AACCUCUCCCCUCUUCGGCACUUCCCUUCCCCACCUUCCUCCUCUCCCACCGCUCUCUCUCUCUCUCUCUCUCUCUCUCUCUCAGUCUCUCUCCCCCCCAAGAAGAAAUCCAUUCCUCUCUCACGCGCCUCCGCGUCGCCGCAUUCGGGGACGCCCACCGCCGCCGGAUCCGGCCAGCCUUCCCCCCUCCCCUCCUUUCCCCGGCCGCUCCCCUCCUCGGUAAGAUCCGGCGCCGGUUCCAUGUCGAGCACCGGCGAGCAGUCGCAGGCGAAGGCGGAGGCCGAGGAGGCGGUGGAGCUCGUGCUGUUCCAGGUCGCUGAGUGCUACGUCUACCUGAUACCUCCCAGGAAGACAGCCGCCUCCUACAGGGCUGAUGAAUGGAACGUCAACAAGUGGGCUUGGGAAGGGACUCUCAAGGUUGUCAGCAAAGGAGAAGAGUGCAUCAUCAAACUGGAAGAUAAGAACACAGGGGAGCUGUACGCUAGGGCAUUCCUCAGAGAAGACGAACCACAUCCGGUGGAACCUGUUAUUGAUAGCAGCAGAUAUUUUGUACUCCGUGUUGAAGAGAAUAUAGAUGGACGUCAGCGCCAUGCCUUUAUUGGUUUAGGCUUCCGUGAAAGACCUCAAGCAUAUGAUUUCCAAGCUGCUCUGCACGACCAUAUGAAAUAUCUAAACAAGAAAAAGACUGCUGAAGAGAUGGUACAACACUAUGAGAAAUCAUCAUCAGUGGAUUACAGCCUCAAAGAAGGGGAAACUUUGGUUUUGCAGCUAAAAAAUAAAGAGUCCGGCGCAAAGAUAAAAUCUGCAUUUUUUGAGCAAGGCCUCAACAAGCUCUCAUUUAACGAAAAAGCCAACUCCAAGGAGGCCCCAGUUUCCCUCAAGCUCCCUCCACCUCCGCCAUCACCGGUCUCUCCUACAGAUUCUGGCAUCGCGGCUUCUCCGUUCAAAGCGGAGUUUCCUUCCCAAGACCAACCAGCUGCUGAUACUGGAGCUGAUACCACUCCUUUCAAAGCAGAAUUUCCUUCUUCUCAUGAACAACCAGCCGCGGAUAACGUCGCUUCUUCCCCACCACCGAAAGCAGAAGCUGCUCCUCAGGAGCAACCAACUGCAGCAGAGAAGGCCCCUCAAGAGAGCGUGGACGACGACUUCGGAGACUUUCAGGCAGCUGGGUGAAUCAUGUAUCUUGUACAUACCACAUGUUACUCAAAUUGCUCCUUUGAUUUUCCAUGUUCCAUCAGUUGUGACUUCUGCCGGCACAUGAGUUGCUGUACAGUACAGAGAGCUAGUAACUAUCUUGUUAUAAUCUAUAAAAGAACAGAUGGAUACACAAUAUACCUCCUCUUUUGCU